AUGACACCGGAUAUGUUUGAAUAUUUGUUAUCAAAAGUAGGACCUUUGAUAACAAAAAUGGAAACAAAUUUGAGAAAACCUAUUCCACCAGAUACGAGACUAGCAAUGACUAUACGUUAUUUGGCAAGUGGAGAUGGACUUCAUAGUAUUUCACUUAAUUAUCGAAUUGGAAGAAGUACUGCGACACUUAUAAUAAGAGAAACUUGCGAAGCUAUAUGGGAUUGUCUUUCCCCAGAAAUAUUAUUUACACCAUCUGAGAAUGGAUGGCGGAAAAUAGCCCUUGAAUUUGAAAAAAGAUGGAACUUUCCAAAUUGUAUUGGUGCUAUAGACGGGAAGCAUGUUGCUAUAAUAUGUCCUAAAAAAGCAGGAAGCACGUAUUAUAAUUACAAACAAUUUCACAGCAUAGUUAUAUUAGCACUUGUAAGUGCCACAUACAAAUUUUUAAUCGUCGAUAUUGGUGCUCAAGGUCGCCAUAGUGAUGGAGGAAUCUUUAAAAAUUCUGCUAUGGGACAACGAUUUUACAACAACGAUAUGUAUUUGCCCGCUCCUUCUGCUAUUAGUGCUAGACAUCAAGUUCCAUAUGUUAUUGUAGCUGAUGAAGCAUUCCAAUUAAAUUCAUUUACCAUGCGACCAUAUCCAUCGAAAAAUUUAACGUUUUGUCAACGAAUUUUUAAUUAUCGAUUAAGUAGAUCUCGAAUAGUGUCAGAAAAUACAUUUGCAAUAUGGGUCAAUCGAUGGCGUAUUUUGCAGAGACCUUUAAGUACUUCUCUUGAAACAAGUGACGCAAUAAUUAAAGCAACCGUCUGUUUACAUAAUUUAUUAAUUAAUACUUCGUAUUAUUGCGGAGACAAUUAUGCCGAUAAGGUAUCUGCAAAUGGCCAAAUAAUGGAAGGAGAAUGGAGAUCAACAUAUAGAAACACAGAUAAUUAUAGCAAUAUUAGUCAUUGCAGUAAUAAUUAUAGUAAACAUGCUGGUGAAAUUAGAAAUACCUUUAUGGAUUAUUUUAUGAACGAAGGUAAAGUACCCUGGCAAGAGCAAAGUAUACAAAGAAAUUUAUUGUAA